AUGAGUACCGCCGACGCCGCCGCACCGCCCAGUGACGAGACUUUACUCUCCGACCGGGAGAUUUCAGAGUGUCUUGGCAAAUUCUGGGCCAAACCGUUUCACGAAAAACGACUCAGUGGAGCUGCCCGACAGAUUUUCAAUACUACACAGCAAUGGCCAUGGCAGUUGGCAACUGGUUUCUCUCCCAAGGUCUGGGAUGCUACAACGGUUGAGGAGCUUGCCCAGACCAUAGACCUUCUGGUAAAAGAGUCAACUGAAGCCGACCGACAUGUUGAAAUACACAACCUCAUCGAAUUUCUGGGAGAACAGGCUCGUGAGCGGGCUCGUCUGUGUCUCCAGAGCAACCCAGAACUCAGCCUGUUUGACGUCCUCGAGGCAAAGAGACACUUCGGCGCUAAGACCCAUAAGAGCGCUCGAAGAGAUGGGCCAGGCAAUCCCGGAGGGCUGGCCCUUGGCAGCCCUGCCAAGAGAGUGACACCGGCUGAAGGCAUUAUUGAUUCGCUUGAACGCGUCCAGGGCGAGGCGCUGACCCCAUCGCCCAUGUCAGACAUGAUCGGUACCGUCGAGAAUCUGAAAGUCGAGUCGCAAACCUAUCUGAACGAAUCCAUGCGCAAGUUGGACAAGGCACGAUCAUUGGUGAAACAACGGGAGACGUCGCUACGCAAGGUGCCUACCCCGGGAAAGCUCGAGGAACUUCGACGGGCUCGCGAUCAGAAGAUUGAUGCCAAGGGGGCGAUUGAGAAUGCAAAGGCAUUCUUCGAACAAUAUCAGGGAGAGAUGGCUUCGGACCCGCUCCUCGUUUCCCAGGCAUCGGAACAGCACGACAUGGGGUUGCGUGGGUGCGACGAGGGAAUCGCUCGAGCUGAGGCCGAACUUCACGACAUGGACAAGGCUUUGACUUUCGCCACUCAACAGGGAGACAAACGGCAGGACAAGUUGGAAAAAGUCCAAGCGAAAGUCAGUCGAUUGGAGGCACGCCAAUCCCAUCUUGCGUUGGAGUUUGAAUAUUACCGCACAAUUGAACGGCUGAUGAAGUCGGGACCUCACGGCCUGGCUUCUCUGACGGAAAGGCUCGCGGAAAGUGGCAUCUCGUUGCUCACGGCGACCAAAGACCUUCUGAAGUGA